AGAGGAAUAACCUACACCACAACAGGAAGCGGUUUCUUAUACAUGUGUACUUUUUUAUAUCACAUAAUUCGGUAGUGAAAUGUUCUCAAAAUCAUUCGUAAACCGGAUCUGCCAAGCGAUAUGGAGAAUAACUUGGGUACCAUCAGUACAACAUCCACGUUUCAUUGUACCAGCCGUUGGCAUAGGAAAGGUUCAAACAGCAGGCAAGAAAGAUUACAUUGACCUCCCUGCGCUAAAUGAGGAUGAACUGGACGAGCAGUUUGUGAGAGGGUCUGGUCCUGGUGGUCAGGCAACGAACAAAACCAGCAACUGUGUGGUGCUCAGACACAACCCAACAGGCAUUGUCGUUAAGUGCCAUCAAACCAGAUCUGUGGAAACGAACCGUAAAAGAGCUCGGCAAAUAAUGAGGGAGAAACUUGAAGUCAUCUACAAGGGAGAAGAGAGUGACAUUCUGAAAAAUAAGAAAGAAUCUAUACAGAGGAAACAAGACAAGAGGAAAAAGGCUAAUGAGAAUUUGGUGAAGAAGAGACUGUUUAAAGAAGCACUGAUGGCAGACUCCAAAUCAGUGGACGACAGGGGAUGAAAAGGAUCAACCUAAUAUUCAGACUGAGCAAACAAUGUGUUAUCUUUUGUUAUUGUUGUUGUUCCUUUUGAAGUUGCAUCUAUUGAAAUCAAUUAAGUUAUGAAUCUAAUAGUAAAUAUGGUAUAGUAUUUUCAAAUAUUGUAAAGAAAAUGUUUAUUACACUGAGUAAUUUACAAAGAUGCAAACAAGGACUGUAUUACAGUCAUUCAUCCAUUUGCUGUUUCUCACGCUAAAAUAUAAAAAACAAAUACUACCUAUAGCUACUAGGGUAUCUUAUUUUUUACACAUAAUAUUAUGUACUAUACUAUAGUUACUAACUGGAUAAGCUAUAGUUAACAUAUGUUAUCAACAGGGCCUGAAUACACACUUCAGGAAAAGCCAUGUAUGUUUUAGUAAAUGAUCGGGGCUUUGCUACAUAUCAUGCAUUUUUUUCUGUUUCCAUGUUUUAUUCAAACAAGCAAUUCCUCAGUGGGAACACAAUUACAGGAUAUUCCUGUCAAGUACACAUCAUAGGUAAUGCCUUUUUGUCAUAACCAAAUGUGUCAUCUCAGU